AUGUCACCGAUCCCCAUCACCAUCAUCACCGGCUUCCUCGGGUCGGGCAAGACGACGCUUCUGCUCCAUCUCCUGCCGCAACUCCGCGCGCAGAACUCUCAAUAUAAGCUCGCCCUGCUCAAGAAUGAAUUCGGUGAUCUCGCCGUAGACUCGCAGCUCGCCAGCUCCUCGUCAAUUGCGGGGGUACGGGAAGUCCUGAACGGAUGUGUGUGCUGCAAUCUCGUAGGCUCGCUGUCGACGGCUCUGGCCGAGCUUGCAGAGAGCCUCACGCCCGACCGCAUUGUCAUUGAGACCUCCGGCUCCGCAUUUCCCGCCACUCUCGCCAUGGAAAUCAAUCGGCUCGCGACGGCGACCGACGGUCGGUACGCGCUCGAUGGUGUCGUGACCGUCAUCGACGCGGAGAACUGGAAGGGCUAUGAGGAUACUAGCUUCACCGCACGCCUACAGGCGCGCUACACGGAUCUCGUCGUCUUCAACAAGUGGGAGGGCCUGGACGAGAGGCGAUGGGACGAAUGUCUCGAUCGCCUCGGCGACCUCGAGGUCGACAUCGCAUGGGUCAAGAGCCGGAAGGGCUGGGUGGAAAUGGGCGUCGUCUUUGGUCUCGAUGCUGCCCUGACGCGAGCGUGGAAGGAGGAUGCUACGAGGGUGCCGGAGAGCCUCCUCCCCCACGAACAUGGCGAGACAGAGAGCCAUCGUAGCGAGGUUGAUGUGCUCUCCAUCACUCUCUCCUGCCAAGACUCGACCUCGACUGAUCAGCCGGCACCAUCGCUACACAUGUCGGCCACUCGCUCGCUCGAUACUGUCGCCCUCCGCCGUCUUCUCCAGACUGCUUCCAAAGACGAGGUCUACCGCCUCAAGGCCAUCUUCGUCUCAACUACCCCCAUUCCAUCAUCCGAUUCUACCCUCACCGAAGUAACCUCAUCCUCCGGCCCCACCAAAUAUGUUCUCAAUUGGGCCUUUGGCCGCUGGACCUGCACGCCACUGGCUCUACCUACUUCUGCCGUCGGCCAUCCCGCCGCCGAACAUGCAUCUAGCGUUGCGGUCGGGCUCGGGACCGUCUUCCUACGCAUGACAGCUAUCCUUGCGAGUGGUCAGGCCAAGAAGUGGAAGAGGCAGCUAGAAUCGGGCACUCUCAUACGCUUCAGUGGUCACGGAUCCGAAGGCUAUCGUGAAAACUUGAGCGUAGCUAUUAUCGCUUGA